AUGCCAGUAUGUGUUUCAUACGCGAUCAGAAGAUACGAUAAACCUAUACCAUUGACUCUGAAAGUUUUUGGAAAACGGAUUCAAUUAAACCUGCGUAGAAACAACCAGAUCGUAUCUACGUUUAAAGUAUGGACACAUGACGCAAAAGGCAUUACAGAAGAUCUGUCGCAAUCAUAUGCAUUGGAUCCUUGCUAUUAUCUUCACAAAGAUCAUAUUAGCACAGCGGCCAUAAACUUUCAUAAACAUGGAUGGGAAGGAUUUGUUUUUUUGGAAGACGACACAUUGGCAAUUAGACCUUUGCGAGAUAAUUUUGCGUCUUUAUCCUUAAUCGAUGAUCUUUGCGUUAAAGAAGAAAUUAAUAUUUCAUUUGACGAAGCCGCAUAUCGUACGUUCGUGUCUUUUUUGGGUGAAGAUGAGAAAAUAUUGCGCAUGUUGAUAUUAGCGUACGUGAAUCGUAUUCAAGCUGUGUUUCAUCAUCCGAGUUUGGGUGUUUCUAUCGAUAUUUCAUUAGUACAUUUGGAAAUUAUGAAAGAACAACCGUUAAGUUUGCCAGUUUUUGGCGGCGACGAUACGAAACUGCUCUUGUCGUUCUGCAAUUACGCGGCAACUCGAAAUUUUCCGGACGACGAUGAUUCGCGUCACUGGGACGUUGGUCUUUACCUAACAGGAUUAAAUAUUUAUUGGAUGAAAGGAGGUACCCAGCAAUUAAGUACCGCAGGAAUAUCCCGCACCGAUGGCGCGUGCAACUUAACUAGAUCGUGUGCAGUAGUAGAAUUCGGUAUUGCGGAUAACAUAACCUCGGGUUUUUCAUCGUCUCUCACUGCUGCUCAUGAGAUCGGUCAUGUUUUGGGAAUGAGACACGAUUCCGAUUAUGAAAUUCCGUGUGAUGCAUACAAAUACAUAAUGUCAUCUGACCAGUACUCUCAAGGUCAAAUCACAUGGUCCGAAUGUAGCCGUGGUAUAGCUAAAAAACUUUGGUACGAAAAGGAUUGUCUUCGAGAUCAGACGAAACCGAAACGUCUAGGUGACACAUCACUCGACCACUCACGUUAUCACGAUUUACCCGGAAGAAAAUGGACCGCCAAAGCACAAUGCGAAAUAUAUUUUCGCGACAAGGAUGCAAACGUAGUCUCGUUGUUUGAUAUAUGCAAAACCUUAGAAUGCGAAAUGCCUCAUGAUAAUUUAUAUGCCUUCACGGGACCGGCAUUGGAAGGAACUUAUUGUGCACCCGGAAAGGAAUGUCGUGGCGGAGAAUGCGUACCCGUUAUCAAACCACCGUACAUUUUUGAGAAUUGUGAAGAUGAUAACUGGAGUGAAUGGAAAGAAAGCACCUGUCAAAGUAUCUGCUUGGAGAAAUCUAAAGGUGUAAAACUCAAACGACGUUCUUGUAGACAUAGGAAUCGCAGAACGACGAGUUGUCAAGGGCCAUAUUACGACGUAGUUCUGUGCGAUGAUACUUUACCUUGCAUUAAGAAACGCAAGACGAUCGACUCAUUUAUCAAAAUAAAAUGCAUGAAAUUUUUCAGUAACUUUUCCACCAUAUCGUUUAAGAAUUUGACGCUUAAACUAGCACCUAAGUUCGAGCUAGGAUGGCAAGCCGCUCAUGAUUUUGAGAAACCGUGGAUAGCCUGUACUGUACACUGCCAACAAAAAGAUUCGUCUACUAUCGACGCACUACGCUUGGAAAUGCUCAACCUUAAUAUUAAUCCGUACUUUCCAGAUGGAACGUGGUGUCAUAAGAAAGAUGGCCAGGAUUAUUACUGCCGACAACAUUACUGUCUGCCUGAAAGUUAUUCUUAA